AUGGCUGCUGCUGCGAAACAACGGAUUCUCACCGACCUAAAGUCUCUGCAGAAGGAGAAAUGGGUGCGCAUCGAUACUGACGACGCAAAUAUCUUCCGCUGGCAUCUUGCCCUUAUGGUCGUCAACCCUGACAGUGACUUCAAUGGUGGAUACUUCAAGGCCGAGAUGACCUUCCCGCAUGACUACCCCUACUCGCCCCCCAAGUUCCGUUUCCUCAGGCCCAUCUGGCACCCCAAUAUCUAUCCCGACGGUCAGCUCUGCAUCUCCAUCCUGCACCAGGCAGGAGAGGACGUGAUGUCUGGCGAGGAUGCUGGCGAGCGUUGGUCGCCUCUGCAGGGUGCCGAGUCCGUUCUCCGAUCCAUCCUCCUCCUUCUCGACGAUCCCGAGAUCAACUCUCCCGCCAACGUCGAUGCCAGCGUCAUGUACCGAGACAGAAAGGACGCGUACAAAAGCAAGGCGAGGGCCAUAGUCGAGAUUUCGAAGAAGGACAUUCCCGAAGGUUUUACCGUGCCCACCAGCUUCGAGCCCGAGGCCGCCCCCAAGAUCGAGUACGAUGACGACUUCUAUGCCCCUAGCGGGGAUGAAGAAUUUGACUUCGACGAGGGCAGCGAAUCUGACGAGGCCAUGGAGGAUGGCGACGAUGAUGAGGACCCCAGCGAUGAGGAUGCCUCAUCAUGA